AUGCGCACGUACUUAUUCCAAAAGGAGAUCCGUUUAGACGUUGGUGUGGAAAACCUUGCCCGGGGCAUAGUACACCCAACCAGUGCACUGCUUGAUUCAGGCGCUAACCGAAUCUUCAUAGAUCAGGUCUGGGAACUCCCCCUUGUAAAAUUAGAUGUAUCUAUUCCCGUCUAUAACAUUGACGGUAUGCUUAACACAGGUGGCUGUAUCACACACAAAUGUUCCUUUGUUGUCGAGUACCAAGGACACAGAGAAUGA